UGGAUGUAUAGCCUUUUUGGGAAGAAAACCUGUAGGCAAAUAUCACCAAGGAAAAAUAUUUUUAUAUUUAUGGUAAAUUAUUUAAUUACUUCACUGUAGUAGAGUCAUUUCAUUAAAUCUGACUUAAAAAACUGAAGAAUUCUAAAAGAUAACUUUUAAGCUUAAAUAUAAACCUUAAUUUAAAUGUAUAGUUGGAAUGCCUAAAGCGCGAAAUAUUUUAGUUAAUUUUGCAUCUUCUGAAGACGACGUUCUUCCAAACGUUGAACAAGACGACGAAGUUAACGAAAAUAAAAUGCCUGAAAACGAAUCAUUACCAAUUAAAGAUAGAAGCGAUUCAAAUAGUCAUAAUUAUACAUUAUACCAUAAGUCAUCUGAGCGAAGUCCUUUGAUUUCAAAAGCUACAGAGAGUGAUUCUGAUUCAGCAUUUGUAAACAAUGUGGAAAAUGAUCCAAUAUUUAGUAAAGUAAUACAAGCUACAGAAGAGGCUAUUUACAUUGGUAUAUUGCCUGAAAGGAUUUAUCAAGGAAGUAGUGGGAGUUAUUUUGUGAGAGAUAAAAACAAGAAAAUCAUUGGAGUUUUCAAGCCAAAAAAUGAGGAGCCUUAUGGUCAUCUUAAUCCAAAAUGGACUAAAUGGAUGCAUAAAACUUGUUGUCCAUGUUGUUUUGGUCGAAGUUGCCUCAUACCAAACCAAGGUUAUAUGUCAGAAGCAGGAGCAAGUCUUGUUGAUGAAAAGUUGAAUUUGAACAUUGUGCCUAAAACAAAGGUUGUGCGUUUAGCAAGCUCUACAUUUAAUUAUAAUACAUAUGACAGAGCAAAAGCCCGUUCUAAGAGAUUUGCAACAGAACGUUUUCCAGAUACUAUUGGAAAGCAUGUUCGAGCAGGGUUACCACCAAAAAUAGGUUCAUUUCAAUUGUUUGUUGAGGGUUACAAAGAUGCUGAAUUCUAUUUACGAAAAUUUGAAACUCAACCACUGACUCCUGAAACAUUAAAAGACUUUCAACUAUCUUUUGAGAAACUUGUUUGUUUAGAUUAUAUUAUUCGAAAUACUGAUCGUGGUAAUGAUAACUGGCUAAUUAACUAUGAGGCAGCUCCAAUAAUCGAUAGUGAAACUUGUAUGGAACACCAAAAAGGAUCUUUCAGUGAGAAAUGUGAAAUUUGUGAAAAAACUGACCAGUGGAAUUUAGUUGGGAACCCGAAAAUUCGCAUAGCUGCUAUUGACAAUGGUUUAGCGUUUCCAAUAAAACAUCCAGACUCUUGGAGAUUGUAUCCCUAUCAUUGGGCAUGGCUUCCAUAUGCAAAAGUUCCUUUUUCAGAUGAGAUAAAGGAUUUAUUAUUGCCUCGUCUUACUGAUAUGUGUUUUGUUCAAACUAUCAUUGAUGACCUUUAUGAACUAUUUUCAGAAGAUAAAGGUUUUGACAAAGGAAACUUUGAAAAACAAAUGGCUGUGUUAAGGGGGCAGAUUUUAAAUUUAAAUCAAGCACUUAGAGACAGGAAAACUCCCGCUCAACUGGUUCAAAUGCCUCCGGUAUAUGUUCAACGAAGAAGGCUUACCAGUGAUGUUCCCCGUGAAGGACGUGGUCAUAAUUUUGUUCAAAGUUUUCAUGACAAGAUACCUUUUUUUUCAUGGUGUUAAUAAAAUGCACUUGUGAAUUAAUAUUUUCGCCAUAUCUCCUAUUAAAUGAACCUAAAUAUUGAGAAAUAGCUGUAGAUAAUUAUUACAAAACAUAGCUACAUGUAUUCAUUCAUUUUCAACGACAAAUUUUUCUUACAAAUUAAUUUUUUUUUUAUACAUAUAUAAAUUAUAUUUAUUUCUUAUAUUUGUUUUAUUGGUAUUCGCUUCUUCGUCGAAUUAAUUUUUUGAAAGACUUUUGCGUUAUUUUCCAUUAUUAAUUUUUUUUUUUUCCAUACACCCAUAUUGUAUCUAUAAUUAGGAAUUAUUUAUACGAACGUAGCUUUGUAAAAACAUUUUAGCCCUGAAUAAUAAUCAAACACUU